AUGGACAAUGAAGGAUUCGCUGGCCGUGCCGCCGGGUUGAUUGGCCUUGGACGCGGCGAGGUGUCAUUGGUGUCACAGGUGGCGGAGAAGUACGGUGGAGUCUUCUCUUACUGCCUCCCAUCACGCUUUAGCUCCACAGGCUACUUGAUGCUGGGAGCUGCCAUGAAUCCACCUAAUAUCAAAUUCACUCCAAUGCCAACAGAGUCAAAUAACCCAUCAUUUUACUUCGUCGAGCUAAUCGGAUUAACUGUUAGAGGAAAAGAUCUUUCGAUACCAUCGUCAGUGUUCACUAAUGUCGGGAAUAUUAUCGACUCCGGCACCGUCAUCACGCGACUUCCAACGGAAACAUACACCGCCCUUCGCUCGGAAUUCCGGCAACAUAUGUCCAGCUAUCAGUUAGUGCAGCCAUACGACAUAUUGGACACUUGCUACAACUUCACUGGGUAUAGCAGGAUUACGAUACCUGCAGUUGCUCUGCAAUUCAGUAAUGGUGUUAGCCUUAAUGUCGAUGCCUCAGGGAUACUCUACUUCGCAAGCCCUUCGCAGGCUUGCCUCGCCUUUGCUGGCAAGGAUGAUGAGAAUUUUGUGUCCAUUGUUGGGAACAUGCUGCAGCGGACGUUCCAUGUGGUCUACGAUGUGCCCAACGGGAUGAUUGGAUUUGGUUCUCGAGGUUGUGGUUGA